AUGACUCUUGCUCUGCACUUGCAAGACCCCUGGCUGCUGCUGAUUUUAUACCUAAAUAAGGGCUCUAAGGCGGCCGUCGGCAAAACAAAACACGGUACGCGCAGCCGUAGUCGGAACCCUCCGAUAGGGCGGGCGGCCGCCCUAGCAGUCGCGGCUGAGACCGCCGCUAGCGCGCACGGGGCCCGCAACAUAAUCCAUCAAGAGUGCAUCCCCGACGGCACAAUCGUUGUUUUAACGCAAGCCAAUGCGUUUGCAACCUUCAGUAGUGGAACCUCAAGUGUUUCU